AUGGGUAUUUCAAAUUUGUUACCAUUUUUAAAACCGAUUAUAAAAAGUUCACACAUAAGUAAAUAUAAAAAUGAAAUUAUUGGAGUAGAUAUAAUGUGUUGGAUACAUAGGGGAUUAAUUAGUUGUGCCUUUGAUAUAAUUACAGAAAACUUUAAUAAUAGUUAUUUAAAUUUCAUUGAAAAAAUGUUAGACAUAAUUAACUAUUAUGAAAUAAAGGUAGUGUUUGUUUUUGAUGGUGAAGAAUUACCAGAAAAAAAAAAAGAAAAUAUAAUACGAAAAAAUAGAAGAGAUAAGGCAAAAAAAGAGGCUCAAGAGAUAAUUAAAAAAGUCAAAAAUCCGAGAAGUAAUGAAAUGGUUAUAAAAAAAUGUAUUCAAGCGUUAAGUGUAACAAAAGAAAUAAUUGAUAAUGUAAUUGACUUUUGUAAACGAAAAAAUAUAAAAUAUAUUAUUUCACCUUAUGAAGCUGAUGCACAAUUGUCUUACCUUUGUAGAAUGGGUUAUAUAUCAUGUGUUAUCAGUGAGGAUAGUGAUUUGUUAGUUUAUGGAUGCCCACGAGUUUUGUAUAAAUUGAAAAAUAAUGGUGAUUGUAAUGAAAUAAGUUUAUUUCCGAUUAAUGAUUUAAUUGAUUUAAAUAUCAUUAAUAAAAUAAAAAAUCCUUUUUCGAAUUCUUUUAAUGAAUUUUAUAUUACUCCUAUUAAGGAAUUAGAAAAGAGUAAUAAAAGAAAAAAUUGUGAAAAAAUAAAUGAUAAAGAAAAAAAUUAUGAUAAUAUAAUAAAAGAUUAUAUAGAAAAUUUUUGUUGGCCAGAAGAGUUAAAUAAAUUGAAGUAUUUUAAUAUCGAUAUGUUUUUAGCUAUGUGUAUAUUAAGUGGAUGUGAUUAUACUAAUGAUUUUCAUAUAAAUGGGAUGGGUAUUAAAACUGCAUUUAAUUUAGUUUACCAAUAUAAAAAUAUUAAAAAUAUUUUUCUACAUUUAAUAUCUAACGAAAGAUGGAAAUAUAAAAUUCCUGAAAAUUUAAAUACAAUAGAAAAAUUAAUGAAUAAAUAUCAUGAAAUUAAAAAUGCUUUUUUACAACAUGAAGUGCACGAUUUGGUUUUAAACGAAAAUAUUUCUAUAAAUAAAUCAUUUAAAAGUUCACUUAAAAAUCCUAAUAACUUAAUUAUUAUUAAUAGAAUUUUAAAAGAAUCCUUUAAAAAUAAUAAUUUAACAGAAGAAAAUAAUUCUUUAAUUAAUAAUACUAAUACAAAUUUAACACCAAAAAAAAAUUAUGAAGAAAAUUCAGAAAAUGAAAAGGAGAAGGAAAAGGAACAAUAUGAACAUUUUUCAUAUUUCCCAAAUACUUCUGGAAAUAUUUUUCAAAAUUUUACGUCAGAAUGUCUUGAGUAUUUAGAAAUAUCUCCUGAAUUAUUAAGUAAUCAUAAAAAUAUUGAAAAAUAUAAUAAUUCAGAAAAAGAGAUAAAUAAUGAAGAGACUGAAAUUAAUAAAAACGUUUCUCAUAAAAAAAAAAAAUUUGAAGAAACACAACAUAAAGCAAAUAAAUGUUCUGAUAAAUUUAUCGAAAAUUCAAAUCAUUAUAAUUUAAAUGAUUUCAACAAUAUUUCUGAAAACAAAAAUAUAAUAUCAAAACUUGACUUUUUCGAAAAAAAUGAAUUAAAUAAAGAAAUUAUUUUUUCAAACAAAUACGAAAACAUUGAUAAAAAAUCAAGUGAGACAACCCAUGGAUGUAAUAUAGAGGAAAUAAUUUGUUCAGAAUCUAAUAAAAGAAAAUUGAAAAAUAUAGAUCCUUAUAUAUAUAAAAAGGCAAAAUUGUGUAUUCCUCAAAUGUAUACAAAUAAUGAAUCACAAGAAGAUAUAUUAGAAAAAAAAAUGAAUUAUAAUAAAACAUUAGUCAAUGAUAAUCAAAAUAUGAUAUAUGAACAAGAUAAAAUAAAUUACAAUUCAAAUGGUUACAAUUGUGAAGUAAAAUUUAAUCAUAAUAUAAAUAAAUGUAAUAAUAAGAAUGAUGAUGAUGAUGAUGAUAAAUAUAAUAUUGUUAAUUAUACUAAAAAUGAUAAUAUUAUUAAUGAUAGAAAAAAAGUUAUUAAAACAGAAAGUGCAAAAAAUAUUUAUGAAAACAUGAAAAAAAAUUUUUUUCUUUUUAAACAAAUAAAUGAAAAUGUAGAAAAACCAAUAGAAUCCUCAAAAGAAAAAACAUUUUCAAAAUGUGAAUCAUCUGUAGAGAAAGAUGAAAAUAUUGAAAUAAGUUUGAUUCAAGAAUAUAGUGAUAUAAAGAAGAAUGAAGAAGAAGAUAAAGAAAUUUUUAGAAAUGAAAUAAAUAAAAAUAUAAUGGAGAAUGGAAGUGAAUUAGAGAAUAAAAACAAAAUUAAAAAAGAAAACGAGUUAGAUAAGCAAAAUGAAUUAGAGAGUAAAAAUAAAAUUAAAAAAGAAAACGAGUUAGAUAAGCAAAAUGAAUUUGAAAAUGAGACCAUUAUAGAUAUUAAUUUAAAUAAAAAAAAAGAAAUAACAAAAAGUUCGUUGGUGAAUAAAAUUGAAUCUUCUUUUUCUCCAUUAAAAGGAAAAACUCCAAUUAAAAGCGAAAAAUGUAAAAGUCAAUUAAGGAUAACCAAUUUUUUUAAAAAAGUUGAUAAGAAGAAUUGUAAGCAAAGUAUAUUAAAAAACAAAAAUGAAAAUUAUAAUAUUAAUAAAAAUUGUUCAAUUUCAUUUAAUAAUUCUGUUAAAUCAACUGAAGGAUAUAUAAAUUCAUAUUUCCCACCAAUUAAUGAACUGAACAACAUUCAAGAAAUAAAAAAAAAAAAAAAAUGUGAAAGUAAUACAAUUCAAGUAAAAGAUAUAAAAGAUUAUUUUAUAAUGCCUAUCAAAAACGAGGGUGAUGAUAAUAAAUCAUUUUUAAAUAAUUUAAACCCUGAAAAUAAUUUAAUAAAACGUAAUAAAAUUCCAUUGCAUCAAGAUUAUAUAAUUAACAAUAAGGAAGAUAAAACAAAUACCAACUUAAUAAAAAAUGAUAAAAUGUGCAAUACACCUACGAAUGUUUCUUUAGAGAAAAACAUAAUAAAUAAAAGCAUAUGUAAGAAAUAUUCAGAUUUUAAAGAAAAUAAAUUAUUUAAAGUAAAUGAUGAUGAAAAUAAGAUUAUAAAUGAACAAAAAGAAAAAAAUAUAGGAAACCAUAAAAUAACCAAAAAAUAUUCUAAUGAAUUUUCUGAUAAAAAUAAAAAUGAAAGUAAAGAAAAAACCAAUGAAAUUAAUUUAGAAUAUAUAUUACAAAAUUUAAACUAUAAUUACCAACCAAAAAAUCAGAAAAUUAAUACUUUUGACUAUUUUAAAGAAAAAGAAAAUGUACCAUAUUAUAAUCCAUAUAUUGAUAAUAAUUUAUAA